AUGCAUUUGGCUUUGUGGGCUGCAAUGCUCGCAGUAGCAAGCCGUAGUGGUAGGAUAUACCAAUGCGAAAAUGAGCUAGGGCUUCCUCCUGCCGGAGUUAAGCUGGGAUCAUUGCGUUUGGGGUUCCAAAGGCCUUUGAUGCUGUGGCGGUGGGCGGAUGGUUUGGGCAGCUGGCUGUGUAUGUGGCGUUUUGCCAGCGCAACCGCAUCCGGUAUCCACGUGCCCGUGUGCUGUGGUGGGUCAGCGGCCGUCCUAGCUUCCUUGUCGCAUGCCUCAUUCUUUGCAACGCCACAGUGGUCAAGUACAAAUUGUAGCCGCAUGCGUCCUGUUCGACCCCGCGCGUCCAAUAGCAAAUCCCAUAGUGUGCGCAAGAUUGGACCUGUUACUGUCAGUGGGCCUGUUUGGAGUGCUAUGGGGGGUGGAAAAGGGUCCGUGAAGAAGAAAGCCCUACAAAGUCGAGUGCUGCGGCGUGAAAUGGUGUCCAACAAUUUCUUCAGGCCAACUUUCGACGCGACAGAUUCAGUCGGGUAG